CGCGUAGACUCCAUAACGAGGGUCUUCUGUUACGCAGAAGCCACAAAAAUCGGCCUAAAACUUUCUCCUACUUCUUCUCAAUUCCUUUCUCAUGGAGACUCCACGCGUGAACCCUAAUCUUUCCUUCUUCAUCCUCUCUUUAUGUCUAAUCUCCACCCUCUCGCUGUCCACUUUCUCCCCUGCCGAUUACUACUUAAUAAACUGCGGGUCCGCCGUCGACGCUACCGUCUUGAAUCGCCGCUUCAUUUCUGAUGACGACUCGUCCUCUCCGCUUCUCUCUGCUACCCGGACGAUUGCACUUGUCAACCAAAAUCCGUCUCCCAAUUCGCCCCAAAUCUACAACACGGCUAGGAUAUUCAAGAAACCUUCCGAGUAUGUGUUCAAGAUCAAGGAUCCCGGAACUCACAUGGUACGCCUUCAUUUUCACCCCUUCCUCUCUUCGGAUUUGGACUUAAACUGUGCUCGAUUUCACGUUCUGGUUAAUGGGUAUGUCGUCUUGAACAAUUUUACUUUGGCAAAUGUGGUGAGCCCUAUAGUUAAGGAGUAUUUAAUGUCGGUCGAUUCAGGUAAGCUUGUAAUUACCAUUAUGCCGGCAACAAGGGAUGAAUUCGGGCUUGUUAAUGCAAUUGAAGUGAUAUCUGCUCCUAAAGAUUUGAUCGCUGAUAUGGCAAUUCUUGUGAAUGGCAAUGAAACGGAGAUGUUUAAUGGAUUAACUAAGCAAGCUCUUGAAACAUUGCACAGGAUCAAUGUUGGAGGUCCAAAAAUUACACCUUUUAAUGAUACACUCUGGAGAACAUGGAUUCCUGAUGAUGGGUUUUUUAAAUCAAGCGAGUUAUCAAGCAGGAUCUAUUUCAGUGGUCGAAUUAGGUACCAAAAUGGAGGGGCCAGUAGGGAAGUUGGUCCAGAUUUUGUCUACAAUACUGCUAGAGUAAUAACUAGCACAAAUGCUUCAAUCCCUAAUGUGACAAUGACAUGGGAGUUUCCAGUGACGGAGGGUUAUCAAUAUCUUGUUAGAUUGCAUUUCUGUGAUAUUGCUAGCAUGUCACUCGGUUUAUUAUAUUUUAAUGUGUAUAUCAACGGGCAUUUGUCAUAUGAAAAUUUGGAUCUCAGCUCUACUACAUAUAUGCUGGCUUCUCCAUUUUAUGCUGAUUUUGUUGUUGAUAGUGAUAGCUAUGGGGUUUUAAGAGUGGGCAUUGGGCCUUCAAACAUGAGCAUGGCACACACAGUUGAUGGUCUUUUGAAUGGUGUGGAGAUCAUGAAAGUGAAUAAUUCAAUGGGGAGUCUUGAUGGAAGGAUGCGUGCAGAGAAGGUGUUGCGAAGUUGGCCAAGAGAGAAUGUUGGUGUUUUGUUUCCUUUGGUUGCUGUUGUGUGUUUGUCGUUGAGUAUAGUUCUGGUUAUGCAUAGGAGGACAGUUGCUAAGAGGGACCCUGUUGCAUGGUCAAAAUUGCCUAUAGAUGUCCUGGAAGAUGAGGCAAAGCAUAGCAGCAAUCUAUAUUUAUCUGGCAAAGCUUGAAUUUUUUUUUUUUCCCUUCAAGAUCAACACGUUUUUGUAAGAUAUAACUAGGUUAUGCCAUAGGAUUAUUAAUUAGUGCUUCCAUGGAUUUUUCUGAACUAUUAAUUCGUGGUCUCUAAAGAAUGUGUAUGUUGUAUCUUGUGGAGGGAAUUUGGAAGUAAGUUGUAUUUACAGCUCAUAACUUGUAGCAUAUCAUUGUGCUUUCGUCUAAUAUUGAAUUGUUCUAUAAAUGGGUUCUUUCCAUAUCGUAUUUGUACAACUCUUAGAACGUGUAAUAUAUUAUGACACUUGAAUAAAAUUGCUUGUGUGCUACAAUUUUUUU